GAUCCUCCCCUUGGCAGUUUCUCUCCCUCGUCUUGCCCGCCCUCUCCCUCCUGCAUAUAGGACCCCCUCGGAACAGCUUUUGCUUUCCUAAAUCCAGUCCAGGCAGCUGCACUUCCUGUUGCAGACACCUAGCAACCCUGAACUUCGGAUCCAGCAUGGCCAAAUGUGAAGCAUGUGGUCCAGGAUAUGCAACUCCUUUGCAAGCCAUGAAAGGUCCCCGGGAGGAGAUUUUGUACUUGCCUUGUAUCUACAGAAACACUGGGAUAGAGAAGCCUGACUAUUUGGCCACGGUGGAUGUUGACCCCAAAUCUCCACACUACUGUCAGGUGAUCCAUCGUCUGCCCAUGCCCAACCUUAAGGAUGAGCUCCAUCACUCAGGAUGGAAUGCCUGUAGCAGCUGCUUUGGGGAUGCCACAAAGAGAAGAAAUCGUCUGAUUCUACCAAGUCUGAUCUCUUCUCGCAUUUAUGUGGUGGAUGUGGGAACAGACUUGCGAGCUCCUAGAAUCCAUAAGAUUGUUGAGCCAGUGGAGUUAUUCUGGAAGGGUAAUGUGGCUAAUCCUCACACCUCUCACUGUCUGGGCAGUGGUGAGAUUGUAAUCAGCUGUUUGGGAGACCCUUCUGGCAAUGGAAAAGGUGGCUUUAUUUUGUUGGAUGGAGAGACCUUUGAGGUGAAGGGAAAUUGGGAGAAGGGAGAGAAAGUACCCUCAAUGGGUUACGACUUCUGGUAUCAGCCACGGCAUAAUGUCCUCAUGAGCACUGAAUGGGGAACCCCAAAAGUCCUUGCAGGAGGUUUUGACCCAGCUGAUUUAGAGAAAGGUCAUUACGGCCGCCACAUUAAUGUGUGGGACUGGAACUCUCAUACCUACAUUCAAUCAAUUGACUUAGGAGAGAACUCUGUUCCUCUGGAAAUUCGAUUCCUCCACAAUCCGGAUGCUUCAGAAGGAUUUGUUGGAUGUGCUCUGAGUAGUGCAGUGCAUCGUUUCUACAAGACUGAGAAAGGAGACUGGGCAGCAGAGAAGGUGAUUGAAGUACCCAGCAAGAAGGUGAAGGGAUGGCUUCUCCCUGACAUGCCGGGUCUUAUUACUGAUAUCCUCAUCUCGCUGGAUGACAGAUUCCUGUAUUUCAGCAAUUGGCUGCAUGGAGAUAUCCGUCAGUAUGAUAUCACCAACACCCGCAAACCCAAGCUGGUAGGACAGGUGUUUCUGGGAGGCAGUAUCACAAAAGGUGGACCCGUAACAGUGGUGGAAGACCAGGAGUUGCAGUGUCAGCCAGAGCCAUUUGUGAUCAAAGGGAAGAAGGUGGCUGGUGGACCUCAGAUGAUUCAGCUUAGUUUGGAUGGGAAGAGAUUGUAUGUCACCUCCUCUCUCUACAGCAGCUGGGACAAGCAGUUCUACCCAGAUCUCAUCAAGGAAGGCUCUGUUAUGCUGCAGAUUGAUGUGGAUACUGAAAGAGGUGGAUUGAAAGUGAAUAAAAACUUCCUGGUGGAUUUUGGGAAGGAACCUGAUGGGCCUGCCCUAGCUCAUGAGAUUCGUUACCCUGGUGGAGACAGUACCUCUGAUAUCUGGAUGUAAUUGUUUUAUGGAACUGUAUUCUUUGUUUCUUUUUUUUCCCCCCUUCCCCCCCUCCUUCUCCCUACCCUUCACUUCUCUUCUGUAUAGGCAAAUCAGUUCAGCUGGAACCUUGUCCACUAUCUCAAUUUAGACUUCCAUUAGGGUGAGCCACAGAAGCUCCACUUUCUUGUGAUUCUCUGAGGAAGCCAAGUGGGUCUUUCUGAACCAUGAUAUAGAUCUCAUUUAUUCCUCCACUAUUUCCCCUUUCAUGAAGUCUUGUAUAAUCACUAUUGACUGUAGGUUUCUAGGCAGAGGUCACCAGUCUUUUAAGAAUUGUUUGCCCAAUGAUGGUGGAGAAGCUGUUCCUAAAUAACACCGUAAGGGUAUAUUCCAUGGGCUUGUCCUGGAGCAAGAGUGUCUUUUUGCUGCAAAAUUUAAUUGCUGAUAAAGUAAUCAGUGCUUUACAACACACACAGUAUAAAAAUGGUGCAUAUCUAAUCUGAAGCCACAUGUUUCCAUAGCUGGGUUACAUUUUAACUCUUGUGCAGUGAUGCUGUAAAAAAUUAACAGUAAAAUUGUUCUGCAAUUCAGGUGGAGCCUCACAUUUUUAUUCUUAUUAACAUUUCUGCUGUUUUUGUUACUUUCUGAAAGGAUUUUACAUUUUGUGCUCUUUGAAAUAAUGUAAUUUGUCUAAAAAUUCCUAGGUGAGGAAUUUAUUUUCACUGAAGCUACCUUUGUUGCCAUUAUUGCAAGCAGAGCUUCCUUCUAUCCUGUUUUUUAAGACUGGAGAAAACUGCAAAAAACUCUUCUGCACAGUGUGUCUAAGCCAGGUGAUGUUAACAACAGGUGUCUUUUAGGUCUCUUGCUUUAUGAUUGCAAAUUAUUGAAGGGACAAGAACUCACAAACCUACUCUUUCUUCUAUUGCCAGUUCCUGAUGCAUCUUCCUGAGCUUUUUCUUGGGUCUGGUCCUCUUUCCUGUCUAGAUCUGUUCCUUUCCCCUCUGUGUCCAUUGCCAGUCUCUACCAUUUCCUGCUGAGCUUUAGCGUUGCCAGCUGUAACGUUAGACUCACAUCAGCAGUGGCUGAGAAGCGGUGUGUUAAUGGGACUUCCCGAUGGAGCCUUUUGGCUGUUUCUUCUGCCUUUCCCUGUGCUGCUAGAAUGAAAGCCCAUCUAUCUGACAGAUCUUACUUUAUAAUCCAGCCUUCAUUCUGUACACAGCUGCUCACAGUCUUGCCUGAUAUAUUUGGAACUAGGCUUUGAGAGUUCCAUUUUGUGCGCUUCUAAUGUAGGGCAACUGGAUUGCAGUCACCCCAGCCUCUUUGAAACCUGGGACAAGCAGUUCUGUUAGGACCUUGUAAAGCCAGAAAGCUUUCCUGAAUGGCAAGGGGUUGUAGCUACCUGCGUUUGCAGUAAAAGCAUUUUCAGCAGCUUUUUAGAAAUGGGUGAUGUUUAAAUCAUCUUUCUGCAAGGACCUGUGGUUUUCUUUGUGGAAGGACUGAUUUCAAUAAUGGACUAUACAGUGCUAACCCAUGUAAAUGCUACUAAUAAAUAUUCCAUACUGAAUGGGUA